AACAGUAUAAAAACGAAAACUGUCCCGCAACUGUCAAAGGAAAUAAAAAUUAAUAAGUUUGGCUUGGCGCGGUGCCCCACCUAGCUUCGUGCCCAAGAAAAACCGUUAAAACGCUUCCAAAUCAUCGCCCGAAAUAGUUUUGGUUACCUCGGUGGCGGACCCCUCGACCGAUUUUCUUCUUCAGUUUGCGUCAUCCGCUUGUUUAGAAAAGCCGGAAAGCGGACACGCGUUAAGUGACCACCGCGCUAGUUGGUGCUAUUUGUAGUGUUUUGUGGCUAGAUUUCCCAUAUAGUUUAGAAGAGAGUUUACGACACUGCUGCGGUCGGUCCCCCUUUGAUCAAACAACAUGUCUUCCAGAUCGAAAAAGUCGUCGACGCCAGCGUCGCAGCCUCCCCCGAGGCCCGCGAGCCCCCUUAGUCCUACGAGACACUCGCGGUUACAAGAGAAGGCCGAUUUGCAAAACUUAAACGACCGGCUGGCAUGUUAUAUCGAGAAAGUCAGGUAUCUGGAGGCCGAAAACAACAGGCUUACCCGAGAAAUCCAGACAUCUCAAGAAACAGUCACCCGAGAAGUGUCUAACAUUAAGUCUAUGUACGAUCACGAACUGAGCGACGCUCGAAAACUCUUGGACGAGACUCACAGAGAAAAAGCCAGGUUAGAAAUUGACGUGAAACGUCUCUUGGAUGAAAACGAUGAACUGAAAGCAGAUUUGGCGAAGAAAACAAAGGAUCUUACCCUCGCCGAGAACUCUGCGAGAAUAUACGAGACCAGGUGCAAUGAGUUGCAAUUGAAAUAUAAUCAGGCGAAUGCCGAUGCGAAGAAGGCUACUGCCGACCUGAAGGACUUGGAGAAGGAGAGGGACAAGUUGAAGAAAUUGCUGGACGAGCAUAGGAAGCAACUGGAGGAAGAGAGUUUGGCUAGAGUGGAGGUGGAGAAUGCCAAUCAGAGUUUAAGGGAGGAGUUGUCCUUUAAAGAUCAGGUGUACCAGCAACAACUGACAGAGACUCGCACCCGUCGUCAAAUCGAAAUUAGCGAAAUCGAUGGUCAAUUGGCGGAACAAUAUGAGGCCAAACUGCAACAGGCUCUGCAAGACCUUAGAGACCAAUACGAGUCUCAGAUGGCCAAUAAUAGGGCCGAAAUCGAGAUGCUUUACGAGAACAAAAUUAAGAAUCUACAAGCUGCCGCUAAUAGGCAUUCACAAACGGCCGCUAACGCAAUCGACGAGGCUCGUCAAGUACGUACUCGAAUCGAUACGUUGACCAGCAGAGUGAGCCAACUGGAAAAUGAAAAUGCCGCUCUCGUCGCCAGAGCUCGAGAUUUGGAGAAAUUAUUGGAGAAUGCACGUCUACGACACGCCGAAGAUUUGGCAGCGUUGGAAAAUGACUUGGCACGGUUGAGAGACGAAAUGUCCAACCAGUUGCAAGAGUACCAAGAUCUGAUGGAUAUCAAGGUGUCCCUUGAUCUAGAAAUCGCCGCGUACAGGAAACUGCUCGAGUCUGAGGAGGCCAGAUUAAAGAUCACCCCUGGCGAUUCGCGCGAGGUAUCUCACAGUAGUACCCGCAGUUCCUCACAACGUCACACCCCGAGCCGAUUGGGCGCUAAACGUAAGCGCACCUUGAUGGAGGAAAGUCACGAAUCGAGCGUUUCCGAUUACAGCGUCACCGGUUCCUGUAAGGGAGAUAUCGAGAUCAUCGAUGCCGAUCCGGAAGGAAAAUUCGUCAAGUUGUUGAACAAGAGUAAUCAGGAGGUUGCCAUUGGUGGUUGGCAAAUAAUCCGUAGAGCUGGUUCGGAAGAAACGAAAUUCAAGUUCAAUCGAUCAAUGAAAGUCGAGGCGAAAGGCACCGUGACCAUCUGGUCCGCCGAUCUGAAUAAGGACCACGAACCGCCGCAUAAUCUCGUCAUGAAGAGCCAAAAAUGGGUGGUCGGUGAUAAUAUGACCACCACGUUAUUGAACCUUGACGGAGAGGAGGUUGCUGUCUCUGAACGGUCCAAUAUUUUUGGUUCAUUUUUGGCGUCAAGAUACCGUCGUUAUUAAAUAAGGGUAAAAAGGCAACUGUCCAGCUCACACUUGAGACACCGUGAAAUGGCGGGGGGGUUUAUAGCCAAUGAGGAGCUCCACCACCAAGUGGGAGACCCCCAAGGGGACGAAAAAUGCCGACUCAUGUGAAAUUAAGUUAAUUUUUUUAACAUACGUAAAGCUUAAAACAGUAAAUGGGUGUUUUUAAGGCUAAAAGUUAUUUUUUUAAAAAAAACGUCCUUUUUGCCUUAAAAACUCCCGAGGUUAUUACAGUUGCUGGAAUAUUAUUAUACAAAGGGUCGUUACUUUUUUUUACAGGCAUUUUUAAAAAUGCAUUUCCUUUAUACAUGUUUCCUGAAGAGGUGAGCGGAUUGCUUUAAAUUCUUAAUAUAAUUCGGAGGCUUUCUGUAAUAUUGGCUUUAAAAUUGUCACCUCAUAUACAUAGAUGCAACUUAGUUGCAUAAAUUGUGUUUGUCAAAAAUUAGCUUAAAAAAAUGUAUUUUGGAUUUAUCAAAUGGGUUUUGUAGUUUGUUAGAUCUAUAGAUACUACAGGUUUGCUAUCAGGCUAGUUUUUGCCAAAUAAUUUUAUUUUUUCUACUUAAAUAACUGUUUAGUAAUGUAGCGGUUUAUAUCGGACAAAAUUCAUAAAGUUUUGAAAAUUGGUAGUUUCAAAUCGGCAUUUUUAUAUAUUAGUCAUUCUUAUACAAUCCUUUAUAUGAAAUUUCAAGCCUUUAUGAAUGUUAUACAAUUUUAACUGGUAUAUUACUAAAUUAUAAUAUGAUCUUUUCAAGCAAAUCCGUGAAUCAGAGUUUACUUUAAUCAAGACUUUUUAUAUAUUUUUAUUUUAUAUAAGUAUUAAUUAAUAAGUAAUCGGUUGUAGAAUUUUUUAGUUUAUAGCUGUUCGAAAUGUAUUGUUCUUUUUAUAAUAAAACAUCGAUAUUUUGUACUUUAUUAAUCAUCAAUCACGGAGUACAUUUUGGGCAUGCAGUUCACAAAUUUAAACGGUGGUUAAGGAAAAGUAAGUUAGUAGUUUUUUCUGUAUUUUCUCUUUGUGUUCAAAUAAAUUUAAUGUAAGUAUA